CUAUAUAUAACCUAGUUUUAACACCCCAUAUCUCCCAUCUUCUUAGCCAACGUUUUUCAUGUUCAAAGGAGAAAAAAAAACAGACAAAAUCUUCCAGAUUUCUUGCUUGCCUUGCAUCUUACAUCUGUGUUUUUUUUCUCCGUAAUUUAAAUGAAUUUGCCUUCUUCUACCAUAACCUUCUUACAUUUCAAGCUUCUGCCAACAAUUCAGUAGCAAAACUGUUUCUUGUUCCCUUCUUGUAAUUUCAAUUCAAAGAAGAGCCCUUGACCAAACAUGUUGCAAGACAUGAUUCAUCCACCAGAGCAACAGCUUCCCAUUGAGGAUAUACCAAGCCCGAUCAGUGGUCCAAAUUUUUAUUUGUCAGAUAAUGAUCUUUUUUCGGACGCCCUGCAGAACUCUGAGGUCACUGAUGAAAACUCUUCCUACGGAAACAAUCUCAACAUACCACCAGACAUUGAACAACUCAACGGCCACAACAACAGGGAUACGAAUUCCGCCGCCGCUGUCACCGCCACCAACGCCGCCACAAGCUCCACUGUAGCCGCCACCGCCAACAACAACAAUCUGUCCAUAAUCUUUGAUUCACCGGAUGACAUUUCAGCUUCCAUAGACUUCUCUGAAACCCCAUCUUUCACAGUCCCACAAUUUCUAACACAACAAAACCAAUUCGACCUUUCCUUGGUGCAAUCUCAAAUCCAAUUACCCGAUGUCUCAGCCGAGGGGCUGUCGCAGUAUGCCACCGCCGACACGGUCGGACCGCUUUUAGGGCCACCAUUGUCGUCUGUUUUCGACGAAGAUUGCUUGUCCUCGGUGCCUUCUUAUGUACCUUUAAACCCUUCGUCUCCUUCUUGCUCUUUCUUUGGCCCUCCAAUGUCCACUUUCAUGCCUGCUGGUAGUUCUGGGAUUUUUACCAACAGAAUUCUUUUGAACUCUGAACUUCAACCACAAGACUUGGAAUUCCAGGGUGAUGAUGCUGGAAUCUUUUGCCAUGAUUCUGUCCAACGAGUUUUCAAACCUGGAGACUUACAGGGUCUGAGCAGUGAGAAUCAACAACUGGUUGGAGUAGCAACAACUAGCUCUACUCCUUUAGCUUCAGAGAAUUCGAUUUUGGAAGAUUCAUGUUUCAACAAGGUUGGGAAACUUUCUGUGGAACAAAGGAAGGAGAAGAUUCAUAGGUACAUGAAGAAAAGGAAUGAGAGGAACUUCAGCAAGAAAAUCAAGUAUGCAUGCCGCAAGACAUUAGCCGAUGGCAGGCCCCGAGUAAGAGGAAGGUUUGCCAAAAAUGAUGAAUUUGGAGACACCAAUAGGCAAGCUUGCAGCAAUCAUGAUGAAGAAUAUGAUGAUGAAGUUGUUGUGAAAGAAGAGGAAGACAUGGUUGAUUCACCUGAUAUUUUUGCACACAUUAGUGGCGUCAACUCUUUCAAAUGCAACUACCCAAUCCAAUCCUGGAUUUAAAUAGUUCUAAAUCCACUACAAUUUUGCAGGGACCCCUGUUUCAAACUGGGUUUUCUCCAAGUUUGAUCUU